AUGCCUUUCUCAAAAGUGCGAAUAAAUCUUGCAGCUGAGCGACUUCGGGUCAUGGAAUGUACAGCACAUCGAGUUGGAGGAUCUGGAGCUCCCACUUCCGUCAGCCUCAUUACCGAUGGUUGCGCGCUUCUUCCUUCAUUGAUGGCACCAAUGAAAGUAGGACCAAAUGGCUGGGAAUCGGCAUUGUCAGCUUUUCGUAUCGAUGGAAGUGAACAGAUUGAUAUCGUCUGUUUGGUGGCAGUCUGUCCAGAUGAUGCAUGUCCCAACGUUAGCGUUGGUUUGAUUUUUAUAAUGACCUGUCCUCCAAAUAAGGAUCGAAGGUCUCGCUCGCUUGCCGAGAAGCAUCCGAUUCGAGUCGAUCAUCGUUUGAUUGUGAAGGCCAGGGCUGCUGAUAGUUUCCAAAAAGACAGCAGAACAUUUCCUGAAGUAUGCUUACAACCAACUGUCUAUCUCUCUGGCCUUACUCUGCUUGCAUUAUCCUUGGCAGCUUUGGCAGUGUCCUUAUGUGUAGGAGCAAAACGAAGAAGUGAUUCAGUGGAAGACCUUCUAUCUAUAUCACAGAUCUCCACACAACAGAAGAACGUUGGUGCAAAAUACGUGAAGACUUUGUCGUUAUGA